CUGAGUCAGCGCUGGCCGGCCCUUUCCGCGGCUGCUCGGCGUGUCACGGCGGGCGGCUCGGCGAUGCUGCGGCGGUGGUGGUCGCCGGCGUGGGGUUGCUGGUGGUGGGCGCUGUGCGGAGCCCUCUGGGGCGGGGCGGGGGGCUCCGAGGACAUCGUGGUGGGCUGCGGGGGCUUCGUCAGGUCCGACGUCGAGAUCAAUUACUCCCUGAUCGAGAUUAAAUUGUACACCAAGCAUGGCACUCUGAAGUACCAAACAGACUGCGCUCCAAAUAAUGGUUACUUUAUGAUUCCUCUGUAUGAUAAGGGGGAUUUUGUCCUUAAAAUUGAGCCUCCCCUAGGGUGGAGCUUUGAGCCAACGAGUGUGGACAUCCAUGUUGACGGCGUAAACGACAUUUGCACCAAAGGAGGCGAUAUCAAUUUUGUUUUCACCGGCUUCUCAGUAAAUGGGAAGGUUCUUAGCAAAGGUGAGUCUCUGGGUCCUGCCGGCGUCCUCGUCGUGCUCCGAAAUCCCAGCACAGGAGUGACCUUACAGAGCACAACCACUCAGCCUGGAGGAAAGUAUGCCUUUUUAAAAGUGCUUCCUGGAGAAUAUGAAGUCUUCGCUUCUCAUCCCACCUGGACUCUGAAAGAGGCCACCACUACUGUUCGGGUCACCAGCUCCAAUGCGUACGCUUCCAGUCCACUCAUCGUGGCCGGGUACAAUGUCUCCGGAUCUGUCCGAAGUGAUGGCGAGCCAAUGAAAGGUGUCAUGUUUCUCCUCUUCUCCUCUUCUGUGGCAAAGGAGGACAUUAUGGGCUGCAAUUCUUCCCCAGUUGAUGGUUUUCCGGCAAGGGAUGAUUCUCUCGCCUACCUUUGCAAUGUCAUUUCCAAAGAAGACGGUACCUUUACCUUCCAGUCUCUGCCGAGUGGGAAAUACGCCGUGAUACCCUUUUACAGGGGGGAGAGAAUUACGUUCGAUGUCGCCCCUUCCAAAUUGGAUUUUGUCGUGGAGCACGAUAGUCUCAAAAUUGAGCCGGUCUUCCACGUCAUGGGCUUCUCAGUCACGGGUAGAAUUUUGAACAGCCCCGAGGGUGAAGGGGUGCCAGAUGCCAUCGUGAUCCUGAAUAGCCAGAUUAAAGUUACUACCCGGUCAGAUGGUUCUUUCCGUCUUGAAAAUAUCACAACCGGUACAUACACCAUCCAGGCUCACAAAGAACAUCUCUUCUUCGAUACCAUCACGGUGAAGAUCGCUCCCAACACCCCACAGCUGGCUGAUAUCAUAGUAACAGAAUUCAGCGUCUGUGGGCAGAUCUCCGUGACCCGCUUCCCCGAUUCGAUCAAGCAGAUCACCAAAUACAAAGUGAACCUGUGGCCUCAGGAUAAGGAGAAAGCUGUGCUGAUGACCACCGAAACAGAUGCUCGUGGUGGGUUUUGUUUCAAGGCGAGACCAGGGUUAUAUGUUCUCCAGGUCAUUGUUCCCGACACAGAAGCAAGAGCCGGACUCGCUUUAAAGCCCAAAGUGUUUCCUGUUACAGUGGCUUCCAAGCCGGUGCUGGAUGUGAUCUUUUCUCAGUUCUUGGCUUCUGUUUCCGGGAAGAUCACUUGCUUGGAUGGUUGCGGGGAAUUGAUGGUGAUACUUCAGUCCAUCCUUCGGCCAGGAGAAAAACGAAGCCUCCAGCUUACAGCCAAGUCAACCUCCUUGGUCUUUACCUUUGAAAAUGUCCUGCCAGGCAAAUACAAAAGUAAGAAUCUUGCAUGUCUUCGCAUCUUUUUAGCACAGUGGCCAAAGGAUGUGAUGGUUACCAUUCGGUCUUCAAUCGACAGUGAACCUGAUUUGGUGCUUGGGCCAUUGAAAUCCCAACAAGAGCUACGUCAGGAGCAGCAACGGGCUGAAAUAGAGACUCGCCGGCAGGAGAGAGAAAAGAAAGGAUUAGAUGAAGAAGGAUCUAAGCCACCAGUGCAGGAAGUGGUGGAGGAGCUCUUGGGGCCAUUCCACUAUGACUUUUCCUAUUGGGCAAGAUCUGGAGAGAAAAUCACAGUGACCCCAUCGUCUAAAGAACUUCUUUUCUACCCUCCUUCCAUCGAAACGGUGGUCAGCGGUGAAAGCUGCCCUGGGAAGCUGAUAGAGAUAUACGGCAAAGCGGGUCUGUUCCUGGAAGGGCAGAUUCACCCCGAAUUGGAGGGGGUUGAGAUCGUAAUUUCUGAAAAAGGAGCGCCUUCCCCCCUGAUCACGGUUUUCACAGAUGAUAAAGGAUCCUACAGUGUGGGGCCACUUCACAGCGAUCUGGAAUACACCGUGACUGCUCAGAAAGAAGGGUUCAUUUUGAGCGCCGUGGAAGAGACAGUUGGAGAUUUCAAAGCUUUUGCUCUUGCUGGGGUCACUUUUGAGAUUAAAUCUGAAGAUGGUCAUCCCCUCGCAGGAGUUCUCCUUUCGCUCAGUGGUGGUACCUUUCGCUCCAACCUCCUGACUCAGGACAACGGCAUGCUGACGUUCGCCAACUUGAGUCCUGGGCAGUACUACUUCAAGCCAAUGAUGAAAGAGUUUCGCUUCGAACCCUCAUCCCAGAUGAUUGAAGUUCAGGAGGGCCAGAAUCUUAAAAUUGCCAUUAUUGGUUACCGUACGGCUUACAGCUGCUACGGCACCGUUUCUUCUCUGAAUGGGGAACCUGAGCAAGGGAUUGCAGUGGAAGCAGUAGGACAAGGGGAGUGUGCCAUCUACGGAGAAGACACCGUCACGGAUGAAGAGGGGAGAUUCCGUCUACGGGGUCUGCUGCCGUCCUGCCUGUAUCACAUUCAACUGAAAGCCGAAGGCAACGAUCACAUCGAAAGAGCUCUUCCACAGUAUUCUGCUAUUCAGGUCGGCAGCGAUGAUGUUGACAAUGUGAACAUCGUGGCUUUUCGCCAAAUCAACCAAUUUGACCUGAGUGGAAAUGUGAUCACCCCUUCUGAGUACCUCCCUACUUUAUGGGUGAAACUUUACAAAAGCGAAAACCUGGACAAUCCGGUUCACACGGUCUCCCUCGGCCAAUCGUUAUUCUUUCAUUUUCCACCUCUGCUCCGGGAUGGAGAGAAUUACAUGGUGCUUUUAGAUUCCACCCUGUCCAAGUCGCAGUAUGACUACACCCUACCUCAAGUCUCAUUCACCACCAUCGGAUACCACAAGCACAUCACCUUGGUUUUUAAUCCUACGAGAAAACUGCCAGAGCAGGAUAUUGCCCAAGGAUCCUACAUCGCUCUUCCAUUGACUCUGCUGCUUUUGUUAGCGGGCUACAACCACGACAAGUUGAUUCCCUUGCUGCUUCAGUUAACCAGCCGUCUCCAAGGGGUGUGUGCUCUGGGACAGGCGGGGGCCGAUACAGGAGGCCUCGAGGAUAUCAAGAGGCAAGCCAAGAAACAGAAGACACGACGGACGUGAGAAUGGAUGUCCCAUUCAGAUGCGUUGGUUUUACUUACUCCUCCUCCUCUUUUCGCCUGGCUGCUAAAGUGAGACUUCUCUGGGUUACAGCAAAGAAAUUCUUUGCACUGGACAUCUACGACUCAGAGUUGGUUUGUCACGGGUAUGAUUUUUUACAUGGAGUAUCUUGAAUGUCACAGAAGCCCUUUUAAGAGAAAGCCUCUGUCCUAAAAGGCAGUGUUGGGGUCAUAAAUUAUGGUCAGGUUUGAAAGAACGAUGACCAAUUAAAUUUGUUUUCACUCCCAACUUGGUCUGAUUUGAGUCUUAAUAUGGCCUGCCAGCGCCAGCAGAUCUGGCAGCAGAUUCGGACAGCAAGAAGGUUGGGGAGGAACAUGGGCCAGUCCUGAAGUCUGGGGAAGGCUGUGAUGAGGGCUCUGCGUCGGAGGCAGAGAGGGGGCCAGGGCCAUAUGCCAGUUAUCAGCUGUCUUCGGAGUCAGGCAUCAGUGAGGCAGACGAACGGCUGGUGCCUGUUCCUAGUGUGCGCAUGUGCAGAACUGUCAGGAGAAGGGAACAAUUAAGGAACAGGGGUCGACUUGGGAGUAAGGCCACAGGUGGACGAUGAAUGGCUCCUCCCAUAGAGAAUAAAAGAGGAGCGAAAGGGGAGGGGUGUUUGCAGGAGGCAAUUAGUUUAUUCCUGCAUUCUGGCCAAGUAUUGCGGUGUCUGAAAGAUAUUGGCCUGGCCAUUCUCCAAGCCUAAUAAAGGUCAGUAAUUGUGAACUAUCUUGAAAGACUGUGGGAAAGGAAAGACUUUGCUGGAGAGGAAUUUACUGUAAAUUAAAUAAAAGGGGUUUAUCAGGACGAGGACUCGGCUUCGUGCUGCUGGGGAAGCCUAGUCAGAACAUUUAAUUUUCAGGCAUUCUUGUUGCUACUUGUUCCUGAUUUGCUUUGUUUCCUAUUUAUAAUUUUCUUUCCAAGCUCUGAUCUUUUUCGAUAGCAUCCUGGAAUGUACACACAGGAAAGGACCAUGGCAAUCCUCUGGUCAAAUUCCAUACAAGGAUUCAGGAAUCUGGUUCUACAGCAUUUUAGCCCACUAUGACCAUUUCAGUCCAAACUUCUGCAAGCCGGCCACCGUCCAGAUAUGGGGAUUCUGUCUUCCGUAAUUCUCCAUCUAGUAUGGCUAUUACAGAAGGUUUUGAAAGUUGGAGUCCACACACCAUGUAGAUUCACUUCUAGAUGCUCUAACCCAACUUCUUCAUCUUAAUGAAGUCCCUGUGUGCUGUCUUCACCUCCCAUUGGUUCUUCUAACUGUGAUGUCCAAUGACUCCUUCCGUAUUGGUAUUGGUUGUCCAACAAAUCUGGAGGACUUCGAAUACAGGAAGCCUCCUCUGUGUCUUACAGUAUUGGCCAGUACCAGGUGGUUGAGAUGUUCUGUAGGUGGUUUGGGUGAUACCAAAAGAUAGGCUAUACCUAGCCUCUGACAUAAGAAUGAAGGAACCUAUAGGAACAUGGAGUUAGUAUCUAUGGAGAUUCUCAGUCACCCAGGUCACGGUUGUCCCAAAGGUGCUUUUUCAAGAGGCACCGGGACUUUCUUCGUUUUUCCUUGAAGACGUUUUGCUUCUCAUCCAAGAAUUGAACUGAAGAACUUCGAACUGUCGCUAAAAGAAUGGUUGUAACUCGAGAACUGCCCGUACUGUACAGGUUUUGACUAGGUGGAUAGUGUAAUAUUAGAAAGCAGCCACAAGAUGGCAGUAGACUCGGUCGCCUAGAUUAAUCGAGUGGAUGAAGUGGAGAAUUUCUUAGCGGAAAGAAAGCCAGAAUAAAGCUUGGCAUUUUUGCUCACUUUACAAUCUUCUAAGGGUGAACACGAGCACUGGUUUUAACCAGUCUGAUUUCAAGAGGAUUUGGGGUGGGGUAGGGAGAGAUUUGAACAACCAGAAUUGCACGAUGCCAUGAAUGAAGAAUUCAUCAUGUAUCAAGCACAAGGUGGAGCUUAUGUGUAGAAGAUAAGUUCUGAUGGGAGUGGAAUUGACAGAUCAGCGUGUCUUCUCCCAGCUUUUACAUAGUCGCUCUAGUUCAUAUUCCUGCUUUGAUUGCAAAGAUAUUUCUUCUUUUACAGAAAAGUGGGCUCAUGUGAAUUGAACGGGGAAGACAUGGCCUGCAUGAGUCAUCCUUCCAUACCAUUAAAUGGAAGGCUUAAUUGACAUCUCCUUAGCCAAACCACUUCAGGGUUGAGCAGAUUCAUAGAAAUGGAGGAAAGCUGUAUUUUGCAUCUCAAUAAGGGGGGAAAAAUAAUUGGCACGAAAAGCAAACACCUAUUAUGAUUUUAUUUCCAAAUGCCUAUUUGUGCUAGUUCUUUUUU